GCGCCUCGGCGGUCGGCUGCGGGCGGCGAGAGAACGCCUGAGCCGGAUGGAGCGGGGCGCCUCGGCCGCCGCCGCCGCCACCGCCUCCUCCUCGUCCUCCUCGUCCUCCUCGUCCUCCUCCUUCUCGUCCUCCUCCUCCUCCUCCUUCUCCUCGUCCUCCUCCCCAGGGCCACCAUGCGAGCCAUGAACUGCCCGCGUGUCUGCCUUCUGCUCGCUGAGCUGCUGGACCUGGCGCUGGGCUACCUGACAGUCAGCAUUGAGCCACUUCCACCAGUAGUGGUUGGAGAUGCUGUGACAUUGAAAUGUAACUUUAAGACAGAUGGCCGAAUGCGAGAGAUCGUCUGGUACAGGGUGACAGACGGUGGGACCAUCAAGCAAAAGAUCUUCACAUUUGACGCCAUGUUCUCCACCAACUCUUCCCACAUGGAGAAUUACCGGAAAAGAGAAGACCUUGUCUAUCAGUCCACUGUGAGGCUGCCGGAAGUCCGGAUCUCAGACAAUGGGCCCUACGAGUGCCACGUGGGCAUCUAUGACCGAGCCACGAGGGAGAAGGUGGUCCUGGCUUCAGGAAACAUCUUCCUCAACGUCAUGUCUCCUCCCACCUCCAUUGCCGUCGUGGCUGCUGACACACCUGCCCCGUUUAGCCGCUACCAGGCUCAGAACUUCACCCUGGUCUGCAUUGUGUCGGGAGGGAAGCCAGCACCUGUGGUUUACUUCAAGCGAGACGGGGAGCCCAUCGAGGCGGUGUCUCUGUCCGAGCCCGCCGUGGGGACGGCCGCCCUCCAGGACAGCCGGGCCUUCCGCAGCCUGCUGCACCGGGACCUGGAUGACACCAAGAUGCAGAAGUCGCUGUCCCUGCUGGACGCGGAGGGCAGGGGCGGGCCCCCUCACACCGAGGGGCCCUUCCGGGGGCUGACCCCCGACCCCGGCCUCGCCCUGCCGCCCACCACGGAGAACAUCCCAGAGACUGUCGUGAGCCGGGAGUUCCCCCGCUGGGUGCACAGCGCCGAGCCCGUGUACUUUCUGCGGCACAGCCGGGCCCCGGGCAGCGACGGCACCGUGGAGGUGCGGGCCCUGCUCACCUGGACGCUCAACCCGCAGGUGGACAACGAGGCCCUCUUCAGCUGCGAGGUCAAGCACCCGGCCCUCUCCAUGCCCAUGCAGGCGGAGGUCACGCUUGUUGCCCCCAAAGGCCCGAAAAUCAUGAUGACUCCCACCAGGGCCCGCGUGGGAGAUACCGUGAGGAUCCUGGUCCACGGCUUUCAGAACGAAGUCUUCCCUGAGCCCCUGUUCACAUGGACCCGAGUGGGGAGCCGCCUCCUGGAUGGCAGCACAGAACACGACGGGAAGGAGCUGGUGCUGGAGAGGGUGCCCGCCGAGCUCAACGGCUCCAUGUACCGGUGCACAGCCCAGAACCCUCUGGGCUCCACCGACACACACACCCGCCUCAUCGUGUUCGAAAACCCAAAUAUUCCCAGAGGAACAGAGGACUCCAAUGGUUCCGCCCCGAGCCCCGCCGGUGCCAGGCUGACCUGGGCGCUCGCCCUCACAGCGAUCCUCGAGUUGACGUGAAGUUCCGGCCCCCUCCUCCCGGUGGCUCCAUCCGCCAGCCCCAUCUCCGUCCACCGGCCGGGUUUCAUUUCUUUUCUAAAACGAUUUCCAAGUCUUGUUCUCGGUCUCUCUCUGUCUGUGUCUUGGCUUCCUCGGUCAGUUUAAUUAAAAGAAACGAAACCAUUUUCCCCUACUGGUCAGCGGCUCGGCGCUUUGUUUUCAUUCGUGGGGUCACUCCUGGACGCCCGGAGGGGGCCCGGGACUACGGCGGAAGGGGCGUGAGCAGGCCGGCCAGAAAGAACGGCUCCGGCGCUUGCUCUCAGGGAAAAAGUCCCGAUCUCAUUGCAUCCGACUAAGAGUAAAUUUGAGUUUCUGCCAUUGGCAUCUGGGGUUGAAUCCGGACUCUGCCGCUUAAAGGUUUAAGGAACGCUUUCCCAUAACACACCUGUGAGGCUAAUAAGUAUUUGGAAACCCCAUUCACAGAUGAAGAAACUGAGGUUCCGAGAAGCAGUUAGCCUGUUGAAUUAGACUCAAAGAGCUAAAUUUGAAUUCCGCUUCAGUCAUAUACUAGCCGUGAGGCGCUGGGGUGUAAUUAAACCUCUCUCAGCCUCAGUUUUCUCACCUUGACAAUGGGAGUAAUGAUAGCGCCUACCUCAUAGGCUUGUUAUUCUAUAUGAAGCAUUGGGCACAUCUCAAAGUUCUGUGUAAAAGCUGGCUGUUGUAAUUGUAUGCCCUGGAAACGAGGCUAAAUGAAGCGUCACAGGACGGAUUGGAACCCCAAAUUCACCCUCCCCAUGCUAUGCCAUCUUAUUGCCCGGCUCACAGCGGACGAGUCCCUUCCACACUCUGUACACAACUGCCUCCUCUAUAAAAUAAAAAGACUGGACCGAUGCGUUCCGAAGGCCCGGCACUAUUCCUAAGUCCAGAUUUUCUCAGAGUUUCCCACAUCGUGAACUCCAUGAAGGCAAAGACCACCGUAGCCGGGCUUGGACCCGUCCCCCUGACUCAGGCCUUCACCCCUCUCUCCCGGACACUCUUCUGGGUCCCCCUGCCUCAGUCUCUCCCGCACUGGCCCGUCUCCCCCUUGGCUGCCAAAGCGAUUUUCCUAACGCUCCAACUACGUCACCUCCGGUCACCUGCAAUGGCUUCCCGGUAGCUCUAGAAUGACACUGAAAGCUCCUCCCUCCCUUUCCUGUCUCCUUUCUUUCCGCUUUCUGCACACUGUACAGCCCGCUCCCAUUCUUACUUUUCCUCACCCAGGACCUUUAUCUCCUACCUCUAGGCCUUCAUGUCGGCUGUCUCUCAUGACUAGACUCUUCUCCCCUCCUCAUCCCGGGCUCCGGGCCCCCCCUCCCCCGCCCCGGCUUCCUUCAGGACACAGCUGGAAUCCCUCCUUCUCUAGUGCCUUCCCCUCACGGAAUACCCCCCGACUGGUGUAGAUCUUUCCGGGCCUGGCUAUUGCCGCGGCAUCUCCCCUAUUAGAAUGUGAGCUCCUCAGAGGGCAGAGACGGUUGUUUUUGUCUUUCUUUGCUUCCUGGGCACCCAGCGCAGUGCCUGGCACACAGUAAGUGCUUAAUAAAUACUCACUGACUGACUGACUGACUGGCCAACCACGCAAAGUCCAUGGAAAUAACGGUCAGGGAGCCUUUUCGGAGAGAGGGAAGCCCUUCACUGUGGAUGCUCCAAAAGCAGGAGGGAAGAAGACCUUCUAUGUGGGUGACCCAGGGGAAACCAAGGCACGGAGGCUAGCGGGAAGGUUUGUACAAGAAACCCUACAGAGAAGGGAGCUGACUCCGAUAAAGAGACCAAGCUGGGGAGGAGAGGGACAUGAGACCGGGGAGACCUAGGGAGGCUGGAUAAAAAGGAAAGCGGCUCUCACUCUAGCAGUUUAAGAUUUGCAAAAGCCCUCUCUUUAACAGGUAAGUAUGUAAGCAUUAGGAUCCCCAUUUUACAGAUGAGGAAACUGAAACUCACCGAGUCAUGGAGUCUGGGAUUUUAGAGAUCAUUCAGCCCAUCUAUUUCUUUUUACAUACAAGAAAAUUUAAAUCGUCCAACUACUUUGGAAGGAAUUAGACUAAAAGAGAAACUUUAAAGUAGAUAUAUUUUGACCCGGAGAGCCCACAAUUGGGUCUAUACUCCAAAGAAGUCAAAAACAGAAAGAAAGACCCGCCACGUGUGCCACAAUAUUUAAAGAAAUGGCUUUUUGUGGUAGCCAAGAAUGGGAAACAAAGUAGAUAUCCCUCCAAUAGGGAAUGGCCAAUCAAGUUGUGGUCGGUAAAAUACCAUCGCACUGUAAGAAAUACUAUGAAAAAUUCAGAGAAAUGUGGAAAGAUGAGGGAGAAUUAGAAAUAAUCAACACAACAACUAUAGUAAUGUACAUGAAAAGAACAAUGUUGGCCAUGGUUGGCCCUGAGAGGAGGGAUGAGAAAAGGGACAUCCUCCAUUUCUUUUUUAACAAAGGUGGGGGACAAUGGGUGGGUUAUACUGCAUGCACUGCCAGAUUUGGUUGAUUUGUUGAUUUGUUAGUUUUGCUGAACUGCUUCCCCAUCCCUCCAUUUUUUAUUCAUUGUUACAAGGAAUGUCUUGUUCAGUAGGGGAGGGGGAGGGCUUUGGAAAUGAAGGUGAUGUAAAAACAAAAAGAUGUCAAUAAAACAUUUUUUAAAAAGAAA